ACUAUUUUGGAAGCAACAUCGAUAAAAAAAAGCUUUGGCGCCAAAAUAAUAUUAAAGAACAGCAGAUAUUACAUAUUUUUAAGAAACAACCUACACAUGUACCCGUUCCAAUUGAAUGCGCGCAAACAGUCCACUUAACGCUAACAAACAAUGCUGAAAGCUCCCAAAAGCUCAGCACACGCAGUCAUUUCACCAUUGUUUAUCAAAAAAGUUUAACAUAUAACAGCGCCAACCACUUGCCAUGUCUCACACACAAUAAUUUUGCCGGGAAGCGCAAGUAGACGCGGCGGAUAAACCAACGACGGAAAGCAACAAUAAUAAUAAUAAUAAUUGAGCACCAAAACUUAAAAAUAAUUACAAUAACAAAUAUGAGUAGUGCAAUUAACGAUGCAAACGUCUAUCCAGACUAUUUACGCGAAGAAUACAUCAAUCAAAUUUUAAUACAGUUAUUUGGUAAUACCGUAAAAUUACGCGAUUUACAAGUGAAACCACAGUUGUCGUUCGGCAAUUAUUGUAGUGAUAUCUAUCGUGUAACAUUGAAAUAUGAAUUGGAUGAUAAGAAAAGUGUGGACAGCGUUACAGGAGUGGAGCAACGUGUCUUGAAUAUACUCGUCAAAGAUUUAUUUGACGUUCUCACUUCGAUUUCGAAUGAACAAUUUAUGUACGCACAGGUGCUGCCCGAAAUGAAUAAGACGCUGCUUAGCUGCGGACGCAAACCGGUAUCGCCGACCGUAUAUCAUGCUAUUAAAAAUAACCGACAAACACAUUUCUUCGAGGAUCUAACACCAAGUGGCUAUGUUAUACGACCACGCACGACUGGGUACAAUGAGGAUGAAACACGGCUCUUAUUCAAGCGCUUGGGCGAAUAUCAUGCAGCAUCGCUGAUCUUCAGCGAGGCGCACCCUGGUAUUGAGGGUAAAAUGCGUGAAUUCUAUGCAGUUAGCGAUCCGGCGCUUGAAAUUUUAAUCGAGAAUCAACUGUACGACAAUACAGAGUAUGUCAUUAAGAUUAUAGAAACCUGGCCCGGUUAUGAGCAUAUUAUACCGAAAAUGCUCAAAAAUAUGCGUGAAGUGUUUCGCAGUAAAUUUUUGCCAUUGUUUGAUCGGUCACAAUCGAAAUUGAAUAUAGUUUUACAUGGCGAUAUGUGGAUCGCAAAUCUACUGAUGAAGUAUAAUAGCGAGGAUGGCAAAGCGGAAGAUGCCGUAUUCUUGGACUAUCAGAAUAGCUGGUGUGGCAGUCCCGCUUUCGAUAUCCAUAAUCUCUUCAUGACAAGUGUGCAAUUGUCGGUGAUCGUGUCUAGCUAUGAUGCUAUUAUUGCCGAUUAUUAUGACGCCUUUCGUUCGACGCUGCUUGCGCUGCAAUAUCCUGCCGAGCGCAUACCAACUUUGCAGCUCAUUGUUGACGAACUUCGUCGCACCGAUUAUUUCAAUUUCUAUUUGCUUAUAUUUCCAUUUGCCCAGACUAUGCUCAGUGAUGAAUUGGUGAAAGGCAUGAAUUUCAAUGAGCUCCAUGAUGAAAAACGUGUGGAAGCUAAUCGUGUCAAUAUCUAUAGCAAUGAGCGCGUUCUGGAGACGUAUAAAUAUAUGCUGAAGGCAUUCGAUGAGAGAGGCUUGCUGGACUGAUGUGUUGUGUGAGGUACAAUUUUUAGUCAUGUCACUAUUUAAUAACAAUUUGUAUUGAAUGUGAGUCAGUUUUUUUUAAGAGAAAUAUAAAUUUUUAAAAUAUUUCA